CGGGCGGCCGAGCGGAGCCGAACGCAGCCGAGCCGGGCCGAGCCGGGCCGGGCCGGGCCGGGCCCAGGAGCGCGCGUGCGAUGCGGGCGACCAAGCGGGGGUCGGCGGGUCCCUGAGCCCGCGCCAGCAGCGAGGGAGCCCGCGCGGCGCCGCCCGCCGAGGCGCGGGGCCGCCAUGGCCGGGGUCAGCUACGCGGCGCCCUGGUGGGUGAGCCUCUUGCACCGGCUGCCCCACUUCGACCUGCGGUGGGAGGCCACCAGCAGCCAGUUCCGGCCCGCGGACGCCGACUAUCAGCAGGCACUGCUGCUGCUGGGGGCCACGGCCCUGGCCUGCCUGGCGCUGGACCUCCUCUUCCUGCUCUUCUACUCCUUCUGGCUGUGCUGCCGGCGGCGCAAGAGCGACGAGCACCUGGAUGCCGACUGCUGCUGCACGGCCUGGUGCGUCAUCAUCGCCACGCUGGUCUGCAGCGCGGGCAUCGCAGUGGGAUUCUACGGCAACGGGGAGACCAGCGACGGUGUCCAUCGGGCCACCUACUCGCUCCGUCACGCCAACCGCACAGUGAUGGGGGUCCAGGACCGCGUGUGGGACACGGCAGCGGCCCUGAACCGCACGGCAGAGCCCAGCCUGCAGAGCCUGGAGCGGCAGCUGGCCGGGAAGCCAGAGCCCCUGCGGGCUGUCCAGCGGCUACAGGGCCUGCUGGAGACACUGCUGGGCUACACUGCCGCCAUCCCCUUUUGGAGGAACCCAGGCGUGUCUCUGGAGGUGCUGGCUGAGCAGGUGGAUCUCUAUGACUGGUACAGGUGGCUGGGCUACCUGGGCCUGCUGCUGCUCGAUGUCAUCAUCUGCCUCCUGGUGUUGGUGGGCCUCAUUCGCAGCUCCAAGGGCAUCCUGGUUGGGGUCUGCCUGUUGGGGGUACUGGCCCUGGUCAUCAGCUGGGGUGCGCUGGGCUUGGAGCUGGCCGUGUCUGUGGGCUCCAGUGACUUCUGUGUAGACCCUGACACCUACGUGACCAAGAUGGUGGAGGAGUACUCGGUGCUGAGUGGGGACAUCCUGCAGUACUACCUGGCCUGCUCACCCCGUGCCACCAACCCUUUCCAGCAGAAGCUGUCAGGCAGCCACAAGGCACUGGUGGAGAUGCAAGAUGUUGUGUCUGAGCUUCUGAGAAAUGUCCCACGGGAGCACCCGGCCACCAAGGACCCCCUGCUCCGCAUCCAGGAGGUGCUAAAUGGCACAGAGGUGAACCUGCAGCACCUCACUGCCCUGGUGGACUGCCGCAGCCUGCAUCUGGACUAUGUGCAGGCGCUGACGGGCUUCUGCUACGACGGCGUCGAGGGCCUCAUCUACCUGGCCCUCUUCUCGUUUGUCACAGCCCUCAUGUUCAGCUCCAUCGUCUGCAGCGUGCCACACACCUGGCAGCAGAAGAGAGGUCCCGAUGAGGAUGGGGAGGAGGAGGCCGCCCCAGGGCCACGGCAAGCACAUGACAGCCUCUACCGUGUGCACAUGCCCAGUUUGUACAGCUGUGGCAGCAGCUAUGGCAGUGAGACCAGCAUCCCGGCUGCCGCCCAUACCGUCAGCAACGCCCCGGUCACUGAGUACAUGAGCCAGAAUGCCAAUUUCCAGAACCCCCGCUGUGAGAACACCCCCCUCAUUGGGCGCGAGUCCCCACCGCCCUCAUACACCUCCAGCAUGAGAGCCAAAUACCUCGCCACGAGCCAGCCUCGCCCUGACUCCAGCGGCAGCGGGCACUAGACUGCGCACCGGUCAGCCACCUGCCCCACGUGCCAAUCGCCCCACCCCUCCUGUGCCAGCACUGCUACUUCCACCUGUGGCCGCCCGCCGGACCCUCCGCAUGCCACUCCAGGCCAGCCUGGGCACAUCUGUAGGCCCCUCACCCCUCCUCUCCCUUCCCCACAGGGGGCACAGAGGUGCCCGGCAUGAGCUCGGGGCAGGUUGAGACACAGGGCUAUGGGCCGAUGCCCCCGACUUGGGACAUGUAUCUGGACAGAUGCCGCCACCAACACCUGGCCCUGCCUGGCCACCCACUCCCCUAUCCUUCUGCCUUCUUGGAUUCACUGAGCCCAGGUGCUUCUGUCCCAAUGUGCUCCAUCUGCAGGUGGCCCUCCAGACUGUCUGCUGCAACUGUCCCUCAAGCGCUGGCCUCCCCAGCCCCUCCUCCCUCCGCAGCUCUGAGCUUGUCGUGGGGCCUCCCUUGCUUCUGCCCUCGCUUCUGUGGAUCAAUUCUUAGUUCACAGGCACAACAGGAGCCCUCUGUGCCUGGCAUCUCUGCCACUGAGGGACAGGUGACCUUCGCAGGUGGGCCCUCCCAUGGCCUUCCACCACGUCUGUGGCACCUGCCUUCUCUCAUCCACACAGCUCACCUGAUCAUAUCCUCCCCUCUGCUGGUGGCCAGAGCCUCCAGGGAGGCCCUUCCUCUGCCUCCCGCCCAGCAUUGCUUUCUCCCCCAGCACCCACCCAGCUCUCCACGGACAGCAGGUGCCAUGCAGAGCCUGGGUCACUGGCCUCCAGUGCUGGCCACCCUCUUGGUGCCAAACCCCCUCCCCCAUCCCAAAGACUUGGCAGCUCCAUCCGGUUUGGGUUUUGCACUAACCACGUUUAUCAUCUCCAGGGCAGGCUGAGUGGGCGCUGCCCCGUUCCCUCUCCUGGUUCCACUUCCAUCCAGGACAGCACAGUGUCCCCGGGGCCCAGCCUCGGGGGCUGGACCUUAGCUGGCUGUGAACAUGCCCACAGUCCCUGCUGCCCCUCCUGGGACUAACCACUAACCUCACUCCCAGCCUCUUGGAUGCCCUGGCUGCCCAGAGCCAGUGUGCGUGACCCAAGUCGAGCCUGGGGCCAAGGGCCAGGACAGCUGGCUGGGAGCCAGGGCUGGAGGAGCUGUUUUCUCCCCUGGGUGCUGCUGGGGAUGGGCCGCAGAAUGACAGCAGCCCCAAGGGCCUGGAGACCCCUCCCUGGGCAGGAGGAUGGCUCUCGGGAUCAAAUACCCCAUGGACUUCGGGCUGAGGUCCCAGUGGCCUCAGUCUCCCUACCUGUGAAGUGGGAACAAGGCUUCCCUGAGGUGCUUUUGGCUUUUAGUGUAUGAUGUUUGCUGUGCUUCCUGCGUGGGGGGUGGAGCCUCCCCAGAUCAGGACGAGGAGGCUCUGCCCUGCCCGGCCCAGCCCACCCCAGAUGGCAUGGUCCAGUGCAGGCUCUGACCUGUGUGCCAAGGCCAAGGGCAGCCAGGGGGCUGCCGGACAGUGUGUGCAGGGGCUGAGGUUGGAGGCCCUGCAGUGGAGGCGGUUUACAGACCUAUGGUCUGAGUGGAGCUCAGGGCAGCUUCUGGCUCCAGAAUGUCCUCACCCCUCUCUGGGCGAGGCCCCCCCACCCUGCCCUUCCUUCCUGAUCCAUUUUUGUGCUGGUGUCUGGGACCAAAAGUGGAGUGGGGCAGGGGAGUCAGUGGGCCUAUGGCCCCAAGCCUGGGCAUCUGAGCCCCCCAGGCAUGACCAAACCUCAACCGAGGGGACUCUGUCUCUGGCCCCAGUUGGCCGCACUGGGAUUCGGUGGGGCCAUCAAGUUGUGGCCACAGCCAACUUGCCCAGUCUUUCCUCUGGGCCUGACCUGCCGGGUUGUGUCCUGGCCACAGGUCCACAGGGAGGUGCUGCACCCCUUGCCUGGGUGCCACUGUGUGUUCUGGGGCCACUCGGAAGCACAAAUGCUGCCCGCGGCCCAGCCGCGUGCUGCCCCAAGGUGAAUGCGUAGCAUGAGCGGUGGGCGCUGCCCGGACGUGGCUGUGAACCUGUGCUGUCUUGGGAGUCCUGACCGUUGUGUGCGUGUGCCGUCCGUGACUCACUCACCGAGGCUGAAGAAGGGAAGGGGAAGUCAACAGGGGCUCCCGCCCGGCCUCAGCUGAGGGAGGCCGGGCUCCUCUCUCGGUUUUAUUUUGUUCUGAGUUUUUGGUGCCGCGUUCCUGACAACCCCCAUCCCAGCGACCUCCACUCCACCCGGGGCACCAGGCCAGGACCUGCUGCCUGGYUGGCUGCUAUACCCACCCUGCCCCAGGGUCCUGCACCCUGUGGAGGCAGCGAGGCCACCAGCCAGGCCCCAGGUCCCUGGCCAGAGGAGCAGGAGGGGUCUAGCUGGGACAAGAGACAUGCCCAUGGGACCCCUCGCAGGCCUCUCUGCCCUCCCCAUGGCCAGGCAGGGUCUGGGUAGUGGACUCCUGGUUAGGAGCAGGCCCUGCCCCUCUCCCCUGGCGCCCACCGCCCCCAUCGCACUAUGCAAUUCCAGUUCCAAGCACCAUCGCCCUCCCCGCCGGUCCCAGCUCCGCCCAGCCCAAGGGGGUGGUCAGUUGGUAGCCUCUGGGCCCCAGGUGACCAGGGCCUUUAGUGUGGGAUCUUUUUUAUGUUUAACCAUAAUGGUUGUGUACCAUAUCCCUUUAUAUUUGUUAUACUAUAAAUAUAUAUAUGAUUUUGUUUUACCUCUUGAUUUCUCCCUCCUGCCCACCUGCAUCUCMCCCGCCCCCGCCCAUGUGAACUAACGUGCGCGCUGACCAGCCCUGCGCUCCCCCAGCCUCUGUAGGGCCAUGGCUGUGUGUAUUGUCGCUGUGUUUUCGUUUUUUAAAACUGGGUUUGGGGUUUGAUUUUUAUUUCUUUGGGGACUUUAUUUUUCUGGCAAAUACUAAAAAUCUCGUCGAUGUAAUUUCUGUGGUUUCUAUUCAGCUUGGGUUUCAUGUUUUAAAAUAAACA